AAUUAGUUCGAGCCCAGCCACCAUAGUGCUCACAAGUAUACAUAUAUUUUAUAACUGGACUCUGUCAUAUUCGACGACGAUUACAGACUCAGGAACAGAAAACGAUGAAUCUGAAACUGAAGAAAGAGAAAUGCUCGAAUUUAAGGAAACGCCUUUCACUAAGGAUAAUAUGUCUUCUAGUUUGAAACUUGAACAACGACUCAGAAGAUUAGAGAAGUUAUUAAACAAAUCGGAAAAGUUUAGGAUAACGUUAAAAAGAAAUCUGAUUGCGGCCAAUAAAAGGAUUAAAAAAUUACAAGACGAAAUACGUUCAGAUAAAUUAAAGGAAAGUUUAUCUCGCAUUUUAAAUGAAGAUCAAAUAAAAUUAUUAACUCAAGAAUAUAAACAAAUGCCUCAUUGGUGUAACCAAACUUUAAUGAAUGCUUAUAAAUUAAGAUUCGCAUGUGGCACAGCAGGUUAUGAAGAAAUUUUAAAACAAAAACUUCCUUUCCCUUGUAUUAGAACACUGACGAAAAAACUAGAAAAUUUAAAAUUUAAUAGUGGUACAGUUAUUACAGAAAUAUUCGACUAUUUAAAAAUUAAAAUUGCUCACUUUGAAAAAGAUUUAUAUAAAGAUUGUAUGAUAGUUCUCGAUGAGAUGAGUAUUUCUCCAGGAAGGUUUUAUGAUAUAUCAACGAAUAUGUUCGUUAGUAAUGUAACUUUAGUCGGGCAUGAUUAUACUGCAACAGCAACUCACGCAUUAGUUAUAAUGUUAGCUGGGCUCGGUGCGAGAGUAGUAGUAAGGUAAGCCAGUAGUAAGGUAUGAUUUUACUGGCGAUUCUGUAAAAGGUGGAAAUUUGAAACCUGUGCUUGAUGAAAUAAUUACAAAAGCCGAAGGAAUUCGAUUACGCAUUCAUGCAAUCACCUCAGACAUGGGCCCUGCUAACCAAGCAAUGUGGAGAGCAUACCGUAUCAGUGCUUCACGACAUUCAGAAAUAAAUAAUUGAUGUACGCAUCCAUUCGAUAAGAAAAGAAAAUUGUAUUUAUAUGCGGAU